AUCCAUAGUUGGAUCUUUAGCAUUAUCUAUAUCUAGUUGUCUGAAUUGUUCUUCUAAUUGUUUUUGUUCGUUCUUAUUCUUUUUGUUUUGAAAAACUUGGCAUGAGAUAAUGACUCCUCUUAAAGAUUGCAUUUGAAGAAUGGUUACUGAGAUUCUGGAUUCUGGAGAAUAAUAGCCUACUUUCUAUCAGCCCCAGAGUACCUCUUCCCCCUAGUUUAUUGCUUAUCCUUUUCUUUAUAAUCACCUUAAUCCCCAACCACAAAACAAAGGAUUUAUUUUUCUGUAUUUUGUUUUACACGUUGCAGUUCUACAUCUGAAAAUAAUUAAGAGCUCUUUGUCACUGAUUAAAACCAGACGAACAAUACAAGUUUUGAACAAAGUUCUCCAAAGGCCCCGAGUGCUGUUAAACACAUCUUUAUAAUCACUGAGAAAAAUUGGAACAGCCAUCAAAAAAGUUGUGGCAGCUGGUUAAGUAUUUAAUAAAAUUACCUUCUUCUGACUUUCCUUCCUUCUGCCAAAUACUCUGAAGCCACUUUAGUUGCAACUGCCUUCCCACCAGCAUUUACCCCAGUGCGCGCUCCACCCAUGAAACAUCUCUCGUUCUGUGCACUUCCUUCACCAACUAUAUACUAUAGACAAUAGGUGCAGGAGGAGGCCAUUCGGCCCUUCGAGCCAGCACUGCCAUUCAAUAUGAUCAUGGCUGAUCAACCCCUAUUAUAUUCCCUGACUCCGCUACCUUUAAGAGCCCUAUCUGGCUCUCUCUUUAAAGUAUCCAGAGAACCGGCCUCCGAGGCAGCGAAUUCCACAGACUCACAACUGUGAGAAAAAGUGUUUCCUCGUCUCGGUUCUAAAUGGCUUACCCCUUAUUCUUAAACUGUGGCCCCUGGUUGAUCUCCCAACAUCGGGAACAUUCUUGCCUCUAGCGUAUCCAAACCCUUACCAAUCUUAUAUGUUUCAAUAAGAUCCCCUCUCAUGCUUCUAAACUCCAGAGUGUACAAGCCCAGACGCUCCAUUCUCUCGGCAUAUGACAGUCAAUGUAGGAGGUAGGAUCAAUAAUAAGAUGUGGUUGAUGGUAAAGAGCGUAGUCUUUGGCUGAUACAGAUGAGAUGGUAAAAUGGACGGAACAGUUGCAAACAGAAUUCAAUCCUGAUAAGUUUGAGAAGGUAGGGAUACAAGGAACUGCAGAUGCUGGUUUAAAACAAAAAACAGAGUGCUGCGAUAACUCAGUAGGCCAGCCAGCUUCUCUGGAGAACACCAUCUCCAGUUUAAAUUCCAUUUGGAAUAUUUUGUAGGACUAGGAAACGAAGAAGAAGAAGAAGAAGUGUACUGACCCAAAAUGUCACCUACCCAUGUUCUCCGGAGAUGGUGCCAGAUCUGCUGAGUUACUCUGGCACUUUGUGUCUAUGUUUGAGAAGAUGAUUAGCUGCAGCAAAAAAAAUAUGUGUAGGGAUGAAUAUAAAACAUUGAUAAUACCUGUCUGCAGUUACAUUGUAGGAAGGAUUUAAUUGCAUUGUAGAGAAUGCGGAGGAGACUAACCAAGACAUUGCUUGGGAUGGAGCAUAUUAUUAACAAGAAGUGUUAAUUGGGUUUGAGGGCCUUCCUGUUGAAAUGAGUAAUAUGAAAAGAGCAAAAGUUGAAGCAACCAGCAAGAACAUUUUCUCAUUGGCAGAAGUGUGCCAAACCUGUGGGCAGAGAUUUAAUGUAAGGAACAGGGGUUCUGAAGAUUUUUUUUCAAGCUGGAAUCUUUUUUGCAAGUUGGAAUCUGGAACAAAUUAACUGAGAGAAUAGUGAAGCAGAGGUCCAUACAACAUUUAAUAAAUAGCUAGUUGAGCAUUUGAAUACAAAAUCAUAGAAGUUUGUGUGCCAUGUGCUGGAAAAUGCGAUUAGUACAGGUGGAGUUUGGUGGUAGGCAUUAGAUGUGGUGGGCUGAACGGCUGGUUUCUAUGACUCUGCAAAUCUUUGAUUCUCAUAUAAUAUUCCUAUUUCAAUAAUUAUGUCCACUAUCAUAACUAAAUUUUCCCACCAAUAUGUCAACCAGCAUCUUCAUUCUCAUUGCCAUCACCAUCUAAUCAAAAGCUCUGCUCCUAACUCCAAUUUCUUAAUUUAGACCCCUGCCUUUGCCUCACCACUCAUUUCCUGCAUAAUCUGAAUUUCCUCCCUAAACUCUGAACCAUAUUCUUGGUUUCCUGUAAGACACACGUUAGAAGUGAGCCACAUUCCCAUCCUAGUAAUUUCUUCUCUGGUCUUAUACUCAUGCAUUGUCAUGGAAUACUUUUCUAUGUUAACACUGCUAUCACAAGCCGUUUUCAACACUUUUGUUAAAUGACCAUUCUGUCCAAAUAAAAACACUAAACAGUAGAAAUGCAUGGCUGGCCUGGGAGCGGCUUUGUGGUGCUUUCUGAGUUUCUCAUUAGCAUGGCUAAGAGGCCCUUGCAUAGAUUUUUUUUUUCAAAUUUUCCUGAGCUGUGUUUAAGGAUCAUCAAAUUACAUCAGUGAAAAGGUUAUUGCUUUGGACUUCAUGAACAACUCAAUUGAAUUAACAGUCAAAUACACUUGGCAUAUCUGGAGACAAGAAUAAACCCAACCCACAUUGUUCCAUUUAAGCUCUCGAUUAAUUCCUUAUGUGUCGUCUCAAAGGAAAUAUUCCAGAUUCCUUAUGCACGUAAACUGACAAAAAUAUUUAACCAUAAAGCUGAGCUACAGUCACUGAACAAAUGGCUUUUGGUUUCCGGAUUAAUCUAUACAAUGAAGACACCAACAGCUGAGCAUUGCUGCUAAGGUGAGGAUAUACGAAGUAAACAAAACCAUUAUUAAAGCUCUUUUUUUUGCAACCAUAUCACAAUUUUUGUUAUGUGAAACAUCUUGCCUGAGAGUCUGGGAAUGAUUUCAGGAUUAAUGUUUCCCACAACCAAGAAUUUUACCAGAGGCAAGAUUGCAAUAACGGAAGAAAUCUGACAAUCAAAGACAUCACAAGACAAUUUUAAGACCAUUUUGCUUGGUGCUUUGCCCUUUACCAACUUCCUAAAAGAAACAACAUCGUCAACAUAAGAAUGGCCUUCGUCACAAGGCUGCCAAUUUUAAUACUUCUCUUUGGUGUAAAUAUUCUUUGUAAAGAAACCAAUGAUGAUCCAUCUACUCCGCAACAUCAUCGACGCAUCCGUACGCCCAUAGAUCUUGAGCUUUACAGAUCAUUUCCCAGAGAGUGUGCCCGUGAAUGUCGGUGCAUACCAUCAUUUCCAUUGGCUAUGUACUGUGAUAAUCGAAAACUGAAAAAUAUUCCCAAUAUUCCAGCGCAUGUGAGAUAUCUUUUCCUUCAGUUCAAUGAAAUAGAAAGUGUGCCAGAAAAUGCCUUUGUUAACGCAACAUUGCUUCAAGAAAUUAAUUUGAGUCGUAAUAAAUUGAUGACUUCCAAGAUAGCCAAAGGUGUCUUUGGUAAACUCAAACAUCUGAUUAUUCUUAAUCUGGCACACAACAAAAUUGAAGGGGUCCCAGCUCCACUACCCAAUAAUCUUGAAAGAAUUGAUUUCAGUUCCAAUCGAAUUACUAAACUACCCGCGGAUACUUUCCGCUCACUGAUAAAUGUCACAAUUUUGGAUCUUGGCUAUAACAGACUCCCUGAUGGUGCAGUUAAGGGAAAUCAUCUUGGAAAAAUGAAGAGUCUCUUACAGUUAAACCUGUGCAGUAAUAAACUCAAAUCUAUGCCCGGAGACCUUCCAGCUUCUCUACUACAACUUUCAGUUGAAAACAACUACAUAUCAUCUAUCCCAGCAAAUUACUUCAGAAAAACACCACAUCUCAUCUCGUUGAGAAUGACACAUAAUAAACUCAAACAAGUUCCAUAUGGUUUGUUCAACCUCUCAAAACUGAUGGAAUUGAAACUAGGUCACAACCUACUCACUAAAACCUUCUACGUUUCAAGGAAUCUAGAACACCUGUAUCUCAACAAUAAUGACUUUACAACACUUAAUGUUACUUUGAUGUGUCCUACAACUGAUAUAACAAAUCCAAACCAUCUGACCUAUAUUCGGCUUGAGAAAAAUAAGCUGCGAGGCCCUUUAAAUACGUAUAUCUAUGCCUGCUUUCCUCGUCUUCGAAACCUUGUUUUUGGUGAACAGUAUACUGCACGAGUCGUUGAAAACCAAGAAGUUCCUAGAUUGGUUGGAAUGCCAAUAUUACAGCCAAAUGGAGAAUCAAAUCGCUGAAUCAAUUACCAACUAUAAUCUACAAUAUGUACUAACAACUUCUAAACAUCAUGUGAAGCUAUAUUUUUUCCAUUACAUAAAAGUAUAAGUCACAUAAGAAAAAAAAAAGUGCAAUUCUUAUUGCUUUUUCCCCUCAAUCUUCAAAAUUGUGAUAUGGCAGAAAAUUAUUCUGAUAUUUUCAAUUAACUUAAAAAUAAGAAUUGCAAGGUAAAAUUAGCAGGGUAUAUGAAUAUGUCCACUAUAUUUCCUAAAUUUAAGCUCUCAUCCCUACUUCACCUGUCCAGAAAAGGGAUACAUUUAAUUACUCUCAUCUUCCACCCAAUUACCGUGAAAAUCUAAUGUCAAUCCAACCCAUUUCUGACACUCGCUUUCAAUGGAACAAAACUCGAAAGACAUCUUAAGGUAUACUCCCUGCUGAGUAUUUCAGGCCUAACCUUUUUGUUUUAUUUUCAGAAAAUAAAACAAUUAGUUUAAUUAGAUAGGACAAGAAAAGUCUAUGGUGCCACUGCACUGCAAAAUGUAUGAAGAAGCAGUACUGACUAAAUUUGAAACAUAACCAUGAAAUAGACAAUCUCAAAAUCAGUAAUUCCAUGCACAUGGCAACCAGGAUAAAGCCAUUUAACAUCCGCAUUGAAGUUAUGUGGGGUCAUAUGCUUAGAUUAAUGUUACUCUAAUUUUAAUUCUCAAGAUUUUUCUUUUAAUUUAGCUUAUUUCUUAAAAUCUUACAGACAAAUCUGACAUUCUUAAGGACACAUUCAACUUGAUAAUUUUGUACAAAGAACUACAAGAGAGUGUGAUUACUUACCCCUUUUCAUAUGUAACUGCAAUAUCUUAAUUUACUUAUAUAUUGCAUAUAUUCUAAUAGCCUAUUACUAUAUAUUUUCGACCGUAAGCAACUUUGUUGUUUUGAAGGUGGAAGAUCCAUCCACAUUUCAUCAAAUUUUAUUUAACUAAAUAAAAUAUGUUUAUAUGCUGAAAUUCUCAAAAA